AUGUCCUCACCACGAAAGCACGUCGUCUUCGACAUUGUAGGCACCUGCAUGUCCUACGAUGUCAUUUACCGCGCCAUUGAGACCCGUCUCGGCCCCAAACUUGCAGAGUACAACAUCAAGCCCGCACUUCUUGGGUUUGCCUGGAUCGAGGCAGCGGAGCGCGAAUACACCUAUCUUAGCAUCCAAGGCCGCUACCAGCGCUUCUACGAUAUCUUCCAUAACCUCUUUUACCGUAUGCUAUUUAUGGCCGGUGUACCAGAGCCGCGUAAACUUGCGACGGACGACGAUGCUGCCUUCAUCAUGGACCGCUUCCUCGAGCUCGAGGCCCGGCCUGGCGUCAAGGAAUGCUUCACGCUCUUGCGCGAGGCGGGUUUCACAGUCUGGGCUUUCACGGCGGGCGAUGCGAAGCGUGUGGGUGGCUACUUUGAGAAGAAUGGCAUCGAGAUGCCUGCGGAGAACCUACGCAGCUGCGAUGCCGAUGGAAUUGGGAAGCCGGAUCCUAAGGCAUACAAGCCUAUGCUGGAGAGCUUCAAUGGCGAGGAGGCGUGGUUUGCCGCAGCGCAUAUGUGGGAUGCAUCGGCAGCCAAGGGGUGUGGGUUCAGAGGCGCGUGGUGCGCUGUAUAUGAGGGGGAGCCAUGCACUGACUUGUUUGGUGAAAUGGACGUGAUGGCAACUGAACUGCCGGAGAUGGCACGGAAGAUUAUAGCCGCGUCUAAGGGCCAGGCGGCCUGA